AUGAUAUAUAUACUUCUAUAUCCAAAUAUACUCUAUAAAUAAAUGGAAUCAAAAUCAUAAAAGAAUGUAAUAAAAGAUAAAAUUCUAAAGGAUUUAGGAGAAAAUCCAACUGAGAUAGAUAUCAGAUAUAUAAGUUAUGUAACAAAUAUUCCAACAUCUGAAAUUAAAUAAUGGGUAGAAGAAUCAUAGAUUAUUGAUUUUAAAAUAGAUAUUGGAUCAAAAGAAUGUUUAAUAGUGGGAAGUAGAAAACCUAAAGGAAUUAAAAGUGUUAAAGUCAAAAUUGAAACUCCAUUAAGCAAUAAUAAUUAAACUAAAAUAUAGUAAGAAGAAUAAAAAUAACUCAAUGAGUCAAUGAUUUAAGAAAAUGUUAAUAUAUCUAUCUCAAAGAACUUAAAAAUAAAUUAAAAAAAUCAAUAAGUUAUCUAAAAAUAAAUGUUAAAUAAAAAAAUUAUAGAAGAUUUAUUAAAUGAACCUAGUCCUGUACCUAAAAUAAUUUAAUAAAACUAAGAUUAAAAUAAUAAAAAAUAAGAAAAAACAACAUUAUAAAAUGACACUAAUAGAGAUUUUAAAUGCUAAGAGAAUAUAAAUCAAUUAAAAAAUUAAAGUGAUUUUCAAACUUAAUUUGAAGGAAAAUUAAUAUCAGAAUAAGAUUAAUAAGAAUAAAAUUAAAAAGUUUCUAAAUCUAAAAAUUUACUCUAAAUAGCCCUUAAAUAAUAAUAAAAUACUUAAAGCACAAUUUUAAAGCCUGUAGAGAUCUCAUCCUAGGAAUAAUAAUUUGAUAAUAUUUAAGCUUUAAAUAAAAAUAAUUCUAUAGAUAAUACUGAUAUACCACUUUUUGAAUUAAAUCAAAAAUAAAAUGAAUAAGAUGAAGAUAAAGAUAAGGAUCAUCUUGAUAAAAAGAAUAAUAAUAAUAAAUAUAUUUAUUAAGCAAGCAAAGAAAACUAAUAUUAAAAUAAUGAAUUGAUUACAUAAAAUGAUUAAGAAAGUAAAAAUCAGAUAGAAGAACGUAAAUAGAUGGCAAGAGAUUUAGAAAAAAAAAUUGCAUAUUUUCUUGAGUAAGAUGAAAUAAGAAAUAAUGGUUGUAGCAAAGAUUCUAAUUUAAAUUAAUUAUCUUAAAUAGAUGACAAUAAUAAAAACCCUGUGAGUGAAAAAAAAUCCAAUAAUCAAUUAGAUUAAGAUUAUUAACCAAUAUCAAUAAGUAGUAGUCCAAGUCCAAAGGCAACUUAUAAUUAAUAAUAAUAAUAAAUAGGAUAAUAAUAAUCUUAAUAAUAAUAAUCAUAAUAAUAAUCAUAAUAAUAAUCAUAAUAAUAAUCAUAAUAAUAAUAAUAAUAAUAAUAAUAAUAAUAAUCAUAAUAAUAAUCAUAAUAAUAAUAAUAAUAAUAAUCAUAAUAAUAAUUAUAAUAAUAAUAAUAACAAUUACAAUAAUUUUAAAAAAAACAAUCGAAAAAAGGGUAAAAUUAACCUUAAUAGCCUUAAUAAAAUUUUUUUUAAUAAUUUCCAAAUUUACCUACAAAUUAAGAAAAUAGAUCAAAUAAUAAUUAAAUUUUGUUAAAUCCUCCUAAUGUUUAAAAUACAACCUCAUAAUAAUAAUUAUUAUAUUAACAAUAAAACUAGAACCUAAUAAGAUAAUAAAAUGAAUUAAAUAAAUAAAAUUUAGAUUAAUAGUAGACCUAAUAUUAAAAUUUAAAGCAAGAUCCCAGACCUCUAAUACAAUAGUAAUCUUAUUAAUAAAAUUAAUAACAUUUAAUUUAAUUACCAGUUCUUACUUAAACUUACCAACCCUGUUAAUAAUAUUUGUAAGCACCUUUGGUUAAUUAAUUAUAAUCUCCUUACAAUUAAUCAUUAUUUUAAAUGCCUACCUAACUUCCAGAUUCAAAUUACUGCUAGUAAAAUGCUUAUUCUGAUACAAAUGUCUUGUAAAAAUUGCAAUAACGAUUAGAUAUAUUUUUUUUGUCAUAAAAUACAUUUUAGUUGACUCUAUUAUAAAAGCUCGAUUAAAUAAUUAAUUUAAUCUAGAAACAAUAAAACAAAAAAUGA